AUGGUUUGCUGGGCCAUGCUGCUUUGCCUGGCACGCUUGGGGUCCUCGCAGACGCGGGCUGCCCAGUCGGCCUGCCGUGACCGUGAGAGGGGUGCCCUGUGCCAGUUCCAACAAGGCUCCACCGAGACGGUCCGGGGUCACUGCUACGUCCUGUCCGUUUGGCGCGAUGGCAGCGGUGGCGCCUGGGAUUUCGAUGGCUCUGGGCGCUCGACCACCUUAGCUUGUCUGCGGGACCAGUUGAGCUUUGAGGAGUUGGGCGCUGAGCUUCGAGGUUUCGAAGACGGAGGAGAAGGUGCCUCCAAGCCUUCCAGGUUGGACGAGCUCUUCGCAUGGGUGAUCCACGGUGGUUGGCAAAUCCUGGUGGCGGUGUCCGCCACCCUCUGCUGCAGCCUCACAGUGGCCGCCUUGGCCGCCUACCGGUGCUCACGCCCCGAGGCAAAUACCUUCAUGGGCUGGUUGCCUGUGCAAACAGCACGUGGCCCAUCGCAGAUGUCCCCGUCCAGGCACAUGUCUCGCAUGAAGGGCCGAGGAAAGAAGGUGGAGCUCAAGGCGCCGGUCCGGCCGCGCAGGCGGAGCGGUCGUCCGGAUCCAGUGAAGCCCAUGGACCCACCGGGUGGACGACCAGGCGGAGAGACUCGUAGCCCCGUCUCUAAGGGCGCUCAGGGCUUCAGCUAUGAUGCCGAGCUGCAAGCUGCAGGGCUGGAGGCGCCAGAAGCUCCGGGCCGAGCUGCGCCUGUUCCGAGGUCCGACGAGGCCGCGCUGGUCUUGCUACCGACAAGAAGCUUGGCGGGCGGUUUGCAAUAUGAGGAUGAGGAGCACCGGCACUUGCUCCAGUGCGAGCGCACUGCUCCCCGAGGCGUAGACAUGGACCCCUCCAUUGUUUUCCUUGCGGCCGACGCCGACGAGGCCGACGCCGACGUGGUGUCUCCGGCUUCUCCGCCGAAGCGGCGGAUGUGCCAGACCUGCACUCGGCCAGAAAGCGCCUGCAUCUGCGCCAGUUUGCCCUCGACACCUUUGCGACUACCAAGUGGUCUCGAAAGCAUCCUUUUGCUUCGUCAUCCAAAGGAGCGGCGACAGAAGCACCAGAGCGCUUGGAUUCUGGAGCGGUGUCUCUCUUCCGUGCGGCAGCACGUCUGCAGGAAGCUGCCCACGGCGCCGAGCGGUCCAGACGCCGAGAGCGCCCCAGGCAUUCCAAGUGGUUUGGAGUAUCUCUACGAGCAGCCCGACACUUGCCUCCUGGUCUUCCCCGGCACCGGCGCCAAGCCGCUGCGAGAUGUUCUAGAUCCCGGGGUGAAGCAUUUAAUUUUGGUGGAUGCUACUUGGCGCUUUGCACGCGAGAUGGCCGCGGUGGAGGAGGCAGGUCCCUUGUCCCAGAUCCGCCGGGUGGAGCUCACCCCUCCUCACCAGCUCCGCCCCGUCUUCGUGGUGCGGAAGCCCAUGGUCUUGACCAAGGAAGAGGCGGAGCCAGCACAGUGGGGCUUCAGUACCGCUGAAGCAGCAGCCCUGGCGGUGGACGAGAUCGCUCAUCUCCGAGGACGCCCGGACGCCGCGGAUCCCGCGGACGCGGACGUCCCGGGCGAAGCUUGGGAGCUGGUGACUCGUGCCUUGCGGGCGUACGCUCAGAUUCAGCUGGAGCAUACCGAG